UAUAGACGUUUUAAAAAGUCUUGUAGGUAUAUAAAUACAUUAAUGUAUUACUUUUACAGUUUUUUUAAACAAUAGUAACAUGGAUUACGAUUAUCUUAUAAAAUUGUUGUGUGUCGGGGAUUCAGGAGUAGGAAAAACUAGUUUUUUAUACAAGUACACCGAUGGGGUGUUUCAUACACAGUUCAUAUCAACAGUUGGAAUUGAUUUCAGGGAAAAAACUGUGAUUUAUCAGCAAAACGGAAGGCAGCAUCGCAUACAUCUACAGCUUUGGGAUACUGCAGGACAAGAAAGGUUUAGAAGUUUAACAACAGCCUUUUACAGAGAUGCCAUGGGUUUUCUAUUACUGUUUGACCUGACCAAUGAGGCUUCAUUCCUUGAAGUACGCAAUUGGAUUGAACAAUUGAAGACACACAGCUUAAGUGAUGAUCCAGAUAUCGUCCUUUGUGGCCACAAGUGUGACUUGCAAGAGAAAAGGCUCGUGAACCAGAAUCGUGCCAGAGAAUUUGCCAAAAACCACAACUUGGCAUAUUUAGAAACUAGUGCCAAAACAGGACAAAAUAUUGAUAGAGCAAUAGAUAUAUUGCUAGAUAGAGUUAUGUAUAGAAUGGAGCAUUCUGUGGAAUACGCUAUGCUUUGUGCAUCAGGACGUCGCCGGCAAUCUCUACAGAAACUACAAGCCAGACAGGAGAGAAAAAUAUGCACGUGCUAGAAUUUAUUAUCUGUGAUUUCUAUACACAUACUUGAAAAUUUUUAACUAAACAUUUUGAUCUCAAACAUAACUUGUUACAUUAUGUUAUUGUAAUUUUAAUAUCAGCAUGAUAGUAUAUAAGUGGCCUGCAUUUUAAAAAGACUGAUUUUCGUUCUACAUGUGUUAUUGGUUUAUGGAUUUCGAAUUUCUCCAUCGUUGCUAAAUGAAAUGAUUAAAACGGAAAUCAAAACUGCCAUCAAAAGUACAGGGUACAAACAAAAAUCUAGUCAUAUCUUGUAUACACUACAAGUUAUUAUUAUUUGUGAAAGGAAAUGCGAAUAAAAAUAACCUUUAAUGAUUCUUAAUAAUGUACUAGUCAUUAACAAUAAGAUUGAAAGAACUGAUUUUCAUAAAGAAAAAUAAAAUGUGUUAGAUGCAAAAACGACUGAAUUAUAACUACACAAAAAACUUAUGAAUUCGAAUGAGAUUCGUAGAAAAAGUUUAUUUAACAUGGCCUUUAUUUAAUUGAGAAAUGAAUGUAAAACUGGUGGAGGUAGUUAUGAAAUAACAAUACGACAGCUUGCAUUGCGGCUUAUGACGUCAUCGCCACUAAAUAGCAAAAAAUGUGUAUCGACGCUUGAAAGGCAAACGUGAUUAAGCGACAAUAACUGCUUUGUACAUAAAUGAUUGGC